GUGGUGCAUGGAAGGUUUUAUCAGGUUUACGUGAAGGUCAAACACAAGUGGAUAAUCCACAGAAUCAAGAGGCAGCUUACUGGUCACAUCCCAUUGAUCUGCAUUUAACCACAAAAGGACUUCAAGGCUGGCCAAAGGUACAUUUUCAAGUGUGGCAUCAAGAUUCUUUUGGAAGAAAUGAAUUAUAUGGUUAUGGUUUUUGUCAUAUUCCAACCUCACCUGGAAUUCAUGAUGUUGAAUGUCCUACAUGGCGACCAGCUGGAGAAUUCAGGGAACAAGUGUCACAACAUUUCCUUGGAGGUGGUCCUCAGCUCAAAAACCCAGACUUAAUAUACAGUGGUGCAGAUAGAUACAGACUUCAUACUGUGGCCAUGGGCAAAGUUCACUUACAGCUUGGGGUAGUCCUCAGGAACUUUGAUAAAUAUGGAAUCGAAUGCUGAAUUUGGUUAGAUAUUUUCUGAUCUUUUUUAUUUAUAUUUCUUCAGAAAACAUGUACAAUUAUAAUUCAUAGUUAAAGUAAAAAUAUGUGUAUAGUGACCUAUGAGAGAAAAGAAAUUGCUGAUGGUCACAACAGGCAGAUUUUAUUUAUAUUUAAUGAUCUGAAAAAGGUAAAAGAAAAAAUGGCUAGAUAUUCAUUUGAAUUCAUAAUCAUUUCUCGAAGACAUUUUAAGGAAAUAUAACAAAUUUGACAUCUCAAAUGCAGUGAUAUAAGAAUAAGGGCUACUCCAGUAAAACAUGUGUCCGACCCAAGACUCCAGAUUUUGUAAAGGAGUGUGACAAUUUAUAAGAAUUAUAUUAGAAUCUAAUUGAUAAUUUCUUUCAAAGUAAAAGGCAGGACCAAACAUUUGAUAGAAGUGAUUCAGUUUGGAGUUUUGAGGUCAAGUAGAUGUUUUAAUAAGCAAGUCCUUUGAUGUAUUUUAAUGUAAUUUGGCAACAUGUAUAUUUCAUGAUGUGAAUGACUUUGCCACACAGAGAUGAGGGAGGAUGAGGUAGAGACCUGGUAAACACAGUAUACCAUUUAGUUUGAGAUAAAUUCUCUUAUGUUCAAUUGUUGUGAGCAUGAAACAGUAAGUCAAAGGUCCUGGGUACAAGUUCUAGUGGAGGCAUUGAAAUAAAUUACAUCUUCAUACAUGAUGGGAUAUUAUACCUUGUAAUGGACUCGUAACCAAAUCAUUACCUUCUGGCGAAUAUUUGUAUAAUCUUUCUUAUCAUCAGUAAAACUGUCUAGAGAGUUUUGUUACUGCAACCUUUGAAAAUACCCAUAUGCAAGCUGUAUAGAUAAUGCAUAUAUACUACACAAUAUUGUAAUAAAAGGUUAUUGAAUGUUCAUUUGUUCCUCAACAAAUUAUUUAAGAUGCUGAGGUACAUGUAACAGGUUGUGAUUGUAAAUUUUAGAUAAUUUUUCAGUUAACAUUACAUCUAUGUAUUAACUAUGUCAAUCCUCAGUGUUGUGAAAACUGUUAUCAAGGCUAGCCAAUGUCAUUACUUUAAAAUAGCACAGAACAAGAUCUUGUAUAAAUUGAUCUUGUGUCAAAUAAUCCCAUUUCAUCAAUUCAUUGAUCAUGUAUAAAGUUGUUCGCUUCAGAUAUCGAAAACUAUUAUACAAUGCUGUAAUAAUAUUUCAAAAUGUGGAGAUGCACAAGUCUAGAAGUGAAAUUUCAUUUACUUUUCUUAUACACGUGUUUCAAUAAAAAGUAUUUACAUGUACUGAAAUAUUUAUUUCAAUCUUUUUUUUUUAUCAUUUUGCACAAUUUUUAAAGAGUUAUGUUGCUAGCUAGGGUUUCUUGGUUAAACUAGUUUGACUAGGGUUAUUCAUUUAUAAAAAAAUCCCUACUGACUUUAAUUUGCUUUUCUGAUGAACUGCAAUGAAGCUGUUCAUGCCUGUUCUAAAACUUACAUGUCAGCCUUGAUACAUUCCACAAAUGUUUUCAGGUGACAACAAGCCCGUCCAUAAUUGAACAGGCCCAAUCUGUGCAUUCAAAGCAGUUGCUUCAUUGACAUGGGAAAUAACUCUUAAGCAAGAAAAACACUCUUUUGUUAAUAUUUGUUAUCCAUUAUAUUAGGGAGCAUUAAAGUUGAAACAUUUCUUUAUGGGUUAAAUAUGUUAUAACAUGAUGCAAAUGAUAUUUUUCUUUUAUGAUUAAUAUAUAUGCAUUCAGCAUAUUUUGUCAGUCAUAUUUUGAUUCAUA